AUGUCAGUUGAGGGCUGGACGAAGAAGCUGAUAGAGUUGAAGCAGGAGCAUUUGCUCGAUGGCAAGAAUAAUGUAGAAAAUAUUGUGAAACAGUUGGAUCGCGUAGAAGCGAAUUAUCCAGGUGGUGUAGAAGCGUACAUAUGUAAUGCGCGUCGUUUAUUGACCGACUCAAAGAAUAGCGUUGACACGUUUGCAGGUUACAAGCCUUCAGUACCUCCUACGUUCGACAUUGAUCUACAGAGUGGGGAUCCGGACUCGAUUUUUGCCCUUGAAUCUAUCGGGCGUGAGUGUAUUCCCAAGGUAGGGUUUGUGUUAGUGGCAGGUGGUUUAGGUGAACGAUUAGGUUACCCGGACAUCAAGUUGAAAUUGUUUACGCAAGUAACGGAAGAGAUGACAUACAUUGAGUAUUAUUGUCAUUCGAUAAAGACAUGUCAAAAUAUUGCUGACAAAUUGGUAACGACCUUUCAGAAGACGGACCCUGCGAUCGUAGUACCGGAGAAGAAGGUGGACGGGGUGGACGGGGUUAAGAAGACGGUGUUGCCGUUAUUUAUUAUGACGAGUGGGGACACCCAUGAGAAGACGGUGGAGUUUCUGAAAGAGAAAGAGUAUUUUGGAUUGGCGAAGGAGCAAGUGUAUAUUCGGCAGCAAGAGAAGGUGCCGGCGUUGAGUGACUGUGAUGCGCGGAUUGCACUGAAGCCGGAUGGUUCUGAGAUCGAGACGAAGCCACAUGGUCAUGGUGACGUACAUUUAAUUCUUCAUCAGAGUGGUGUGUUGGAUGAGUGGCGGAGGCAGUAUGGCACUGAGUGGUUAUUUUUCUUCCAGGAUACAAAUUGUCUUGCUUUCAGAGCGUUGUAUCCUAUGUUGGGUAUUGCUAAGCGUGAGGGUUUAACGAUGAACUCAUUAGCCAUUCCACGUAUGGCUAAAGAAGCUGUGGGUGCAAUUUGUAAGUUGACAAAGGAUGAUGGAAAUAUCAUGGUUCUAAAUGUUGAGUACAACCAACUUGAUGCUCUCCUUGCUGGUGACGGUGGUGACAGACCAGAGGCCAAUGGCGUAUCCAAGUAUCCGGGUAAUUGUAACAUCAUUGUGUUCCAUGUACCAGAGUAUGCUCAAGUUCUCAAAAAAUCUGGAGGUCUUGUACCCGAAUUUGUUAACCCAAAAUAUGCUGAUGACUCCAAAGUUACUUUCAAAUCACCUACUCGAGUUGAAUGUAUGAUGCAAGAUAUACCACGCAUGUUCGAUGACAAACAGAUUCAUGGAUGUACUGUCAUGCCACGUUGGUUCUGUUUUAGCACGAUAAAAAAUUGCUGUUCAGAUGCAGCUAAAAAAGUUACUCCUGAAUGCGCAUUCUCCGCUGAACAAGAUCUUUAUCAUAACUCUAUUCUAUGCCUACAAAUUGCAGCACCAAACAUUCAGAUGAACAUACCUGACCCCAUACCAGCCACUUAUAACGGCGUCGUCUAUCGUGAAUAUCCACGCGUAUGGGUCUCACCUCAAGUCGCUGUCUCGCUCACCGACAUGCGCCAAAUACUACGCCACAAGUCACCCGCUCAAAUCAUACUCACUCACGACCACGUUUUCUAUGUCACGCCUCAACACUCCUGCGAAUCACUUCCAAUGAGCAAACCUGUAGCUCUCACCCCGGAAGAAUUAGCAAGCGAUACCACUCCGGAUAACUAUAAGGACACUAAUAGGCAAUUAUUAUCACAUUGGACAUUGUUGUGUCUUGUGGGUAUUUUUUGUGUAAUAAAAAAAGCUGCGUCCCAGAUGUCUCAUCGCAAGUUCGAAGCACCUCGUCACGGUUCCUUGGCUUUCUUGCCUAAGAAGAGAUGCCGUCGUGGACAGGGCCGUAUCCAAGCCUUCCCCAAGGACGAUGCCUCUAAGAAGCCUCAUUUGACUGGCUUCGUGGGCUUCAAGGCCGGCAUGACUCAUGUUGUCCGUGAAAUCAACAGACCCGGCUCCAAGCUCCACAAGAAGGAUGUUGUUGAGUCAUGCACUGUCAUCGACUGCCCUGAUAUGGUUGCUAUCGGUGUGGUGGGAUACAAGGAAACCCAGACGGGCCUCCGCCCCGUCACUACCUGCUUUGCCGGCUACAUGUCUGACGAUGUCCGUCGCCGGUUCUACCGGAAGUGGUAUUGCAGCAAGAAGCGCGCCUUCACCAAAUACAUGAAGUCCUUUGCUGAGACCAAGGGUGAAGACAGACUCAAGAAAAUUGCGGAGGAAUCGGCGGUUGUUCGACUGAUUGUGCACUCUCAGCCCUCCAAGGUUCCUGGCCCUCAGAAGAAGGCACACGUCAUGGAGAUCCAAAUCAACGGCGGCUCUGUCGCGGAAAAGGUAGAGUUCGCUAAGGGGUUGUUCGAGAAGACAAUUCCUGUCAACACUGUAUUCGCUGAGAACGAGAUGAUUGAUACUAUCACCAUCACGAAGGGCAAGGGAUUCCAGGGCGUCAUUAAGCGAUGGGGCGUCACCAGACUCCCCCGCAAGACCCAUCGUGGCUUGAGGAAGGUCGCAUGUAUCGGUGCCUGGCACCCUGCCCGCGUGCAGUUCCAGGUCGCCCGCGCCGGUCAGAUGGGUUACCACCACCGCACCCAGAUGCACAAGAAGAUCUACCGAAUUGGCGCUGGCUCCGACCCCCGAAAUGCCGGAACCAACUGCGACCUUACCGAGAAGGCCAUCACCCCCAUGGGAGGCUUCCCUGGCUACGGUGCUGUCGCCAACGACUUCCUUCUCAUCAAGGGUGCCGUCGCUGGACCUCGACGACGCAUGAUUACGCUCCGAAAGACUCUCUUCACCCCCACCUCUCGUAAGGCUCUUGAGGCCUCAGACCUCAAGUUCAUCGAUACCUCUUCCAAGAGAGGACACGGCAAGUUCCAGACCUCCGGCGAGAAGGCCAGUUGGAUGGGACCUCUCAAGAAGGACAAGAAGGUCGCUGCCGAGUAA